GUUUCUUGUCGCAAUCGGUAGCUGCGGGCCCUCGACGACCAGCGCAGCAGGUAGUUCCGCGUAUCGUCGUCUGGGCCGGGCGAUCGCGGAAGUAUGGCGGUGUAUUUCGAUUAUGUCGUCACGCAGGGAGGCGGCGGCGGCUCGCCCGCCAGUUCCCCGAGCCGCGGUUCCCGGGCGGAAGCGCCCUCCUGGAGCAAGGAUCUAGGGGCGGAACCACUACUGGCGGUAGGCCUGCGGAACAAGCUGCAACUCUUCUCGCAAGAGGUACUUUUGACAUUCAGUUGAAGCUUUUCUGUGCUUCGGACGGUGCCACGCCAGUAGUAGGGGAGUUGGUUCUUUUCGUGUGUGUAGUUUCAGCAUCUUCGAGGUGCACAAGCAAGUAGUCCAAACUUGUAUCAUCUGAGUAAAGCACUUACGCGUCUCGGUUACAACAGGGCGAGUUCGUGCAGGAUGCCGUGCCAACCAGGAAAAGCGGCGUGUCGUGUUCCGAUUGGCACCCGACAAGGCGGGAAGUCAUCGCUGGGUGGCAAGACGGGGCGGUCACGUAUUCGCGACCAUCGUCCUCCAGCAGCUCCAGCAGUGUUACGACCGUCGGACAGGACGCGCACCAGGGAGGUAUGGAAAGCAAAGAGUAGCGCCAUGUAGUUCUUGUGCGCUCUGAGAAAAUAGGGUGCUGUGCCGCCGCAUGAUUCGAAAACAGGAUCAUGUAGAAAAAUGCGCAAAGUUUGGGGGGUUUGUUUCGGUCGCCGUAUCACCUGCGGGCGCACUUAUUUUUACAGUUUUACAGGUCUGUGUAUAAUUCUGCAAUCGAUUCUAAAGGAAAACGGCCGCAGGCGAGAUAUUCGUGAUUGUAAAUUUUUUGAAAAAUUCACAGCGCCGAUCCUUGCAGCGAAGUUUUCGCCUGACGGGGGGCUUUGUGUGGUUUCCGAUGCUAAGGGCGUGGUUUCGGUGUACAACACGGAAGCCGGGCGCGCACAGUAUUUGCUGUAUUACCGGAAGCCAGGGGCGAUCGAUCAAAUCUGCUUCCGGCAGCGUAGGAGCCCGUCCUUUUUCUUCGCGGGCGAGCAGGGAGUCGUGUACGGGGCGGACGAGCACGGCGCGUGUAGCGAAAAAUACAAAGUGGGAUCGCCGAUUGUACUGAAUGUCGUGUAGCUAGUAUUGGUCAACUGUUUUGAUUAUGUGGUGGAUGAAGUAGAUUUCGAGAUCAGCUGUAAUUCGUAUUCCAUGUACUUAGCAUUUUUGUGAUAUUGAACGCAUCAUGCGUAUCGUCAGCUUUGUUUGCCUAAUUUACACUUUACUUUACGCAUCCAGAUUCUUCUUGAAUACUGCGCUUCUGCAAACCGGGUGGUGCUGAUUACCCAAGGGACGAUGCUGGCCACUUUCCAGUUGGAUGCAGAGGGCAAGGUGCGCGGGGAAACGAAGCUGAAGCUGAGUUGCGGUAAAGAUGUACAGGCAUAAUCUUGGCGUCGAAUCCCCAAAAGCCAUAACAACUUUUGGAACUGCUACUGGACGGCUGCUCACAAAGAACAUAUACUCAAGUCGAUUGUGCGCCCCGCACAAGGAACAUACACAGCACACUAUCCGUGUCGAUCAAUCCCAAAUUUAUCAAAGGCCCGAAGCCGGACAGCCUCCGCGGCGUCUGCAUUGCGUCCGACGCGCACUUUCUGAUCGCAACCGUCUCCGAGGAGAGCAUCGUGCGGAUAUGGAACGUGCUGGAGGAGGAGUCCUACCUGCUCAGCCUGUCGGAGGUAGACGAGAAUCUCCGCACCGACAAGGCCGUUGCGGUCGACUACAACCAGAGAAAACGCACGCUUGCCGUGGGCACCAAGCAGGGCCGGGUCCUGCAGUGGCGCUGUGUGACCAACAACUUUCACGAGCACGACUGGCAGCACCUGGCGAUAAGGUCGUUCGAGGGCGAGAAGAACCGGUCCUGCGACGCCGUCCACUGGGGCACGCGGAUAGGCGAGUCGAUCCUCAGCUGCAGCUUCAGCGACGGGGGGUGCGUGUUGCUGGCCGAGACGCAAUUGUCCCACUCCCUCCGGGCCCCCUUCCUCGGCGUGCAGGUCGCGCCCGCGCAGCUGAUGUUGCACCACGUCGAGCUAGAGCACACCAGCAAGCACGCGCGCCAAAUUCCGGACCAAAUGCUCGAUUGCCCUUUUCGAAUACGCGGCGUCUCGGUGGGCCCGCCCUACGUCGCAAUCUGGAGCGCGAAGCAAGUCCGCAUCUACCAGAACAAUGACCAGCGGGGCCUCGGCGAGCACGCGUCCUUCGAUCGCCCGCAAGCGCCGAUCGCUAGUUGCUCUUUGUACGUAACGAAGGAAGAAGCUUCCUUGCUUGUCGCCUGCGGCUCGAAGAUCGAGGUGUGCAACCUGCAGGGCAACGUGAAGAAAAGUCUCCAAUUUUCCUCCGAAACCGAAGGCAGUCCGCACCUGGUCGACGUCGGCGGAUCCACCCUCGUCGCCUCGACGACAAAACAACUCUUGAAGCUGUGGAACCUGGCACGCGCGACCCCCAAGGCACUCUCCUCGGGCCGGAGGUUCGAAGACGCCAAUGGCAAUCUCCUGGGGGAAAUCCGGCAACUCCGGGCGAACUGCAGCGGCUCGAGAAUAGCGUUACUGGUGGACCCCCUGAAGAAGCCAGGACUCGUCGCCGCACCGCCAUCCAAUUCCCGCUCGCCCGGCGCGAAAGGGUCGCGGAGUCCGACGGCAUCCUCUUCGCAGCAGGACAACGUCGCGGAGCUGUCAAAAGUGUACGUGUACGAUGUAGAGUUCGAUAGUUUCGCCUGCCUGGACCUGGGGUCGCAUCGACUCCCGGUGUCCUUUUCCUGGGACCCCGUGGACCCGAGGCUGCUCGCCGUGGAAGCCGUCCCCUCCUCGUCCGGCGCGAGCGCUAUUGCGAGGAAAAAUCCCCCCUCCCCAUAUCGAGAAGGAAAUUCCUGAUGCUGAUUUGUGACCACAAAUCAGCUCUGUCUUGCAUAUGGGGCAAAUGGGAGCCAUUUGGCGCAUUCCACAGCCAAUGUGUGACGCGCUUUUGCAUACUGCAAAGGUGUCUGCCAUGCCUAACUGCUAGCCUGUUGCAUACCCAAUCCGGCUUAGGAAGUGCCUCCAAGCGCCUUCUGCAAUACAGCGGUGAUUUGUGUACAGAAGUCCAGCAACAGAAAUUUCCUUUUUUCUAUGGGGUGGGGGCUUUAUUAACUUUGAUAAGCGCUGCCGCCUCGGCAUUGGAUUUAUCCCAGCACCACGAGGAGGAAGAGCACGGGAAGGUAUGAAUUUAGUUUCGCGUCGAAUUGAUCACAUGCAGAUGAUGUUCUUAUCGUCCCCGGUCCCACUACUGCUCCUAGGGCUCUCUUUUUGGUACUGUCUUCAUAUUAAUUUGAUUGUGAAGUGGAAAUUAUACCGAGCUAAAACUGCUACCUCAAUAAAUAAAAAAGCAACCAUCACAGGUGAUGGGCGAAGUAGUGCUUGUGUUCGCUUCGGAAAACACGCUCCUCGUCCAGGACGGGCUGCCAAACCCGCGGGAUGCGGAGACCAAUCUCCCACUGAUCCCGGUCUCCAUCGUCACGCCGUACCUUUACUUCCUAAAACCGGUCGACGGCUCGUCCACCACGAGAUUGACGAAGUCCGCGUCAGUGCUCUCCAAGCAGGUCCUCCGCGACUUCGAGGGGCUCGAAGAGGUGAACAGCAGCGUGAAGAAGGCGCUGUUAGAUUUCUCCUACCACAUCGCGAGUGGGAACCUAUGAGAGUGCACAACUCCCCCUCCUCCUCGUUUGUCAUGCAAAAUACCAAGCCCACCCUUUCUUUGCCAUUGCCUCUUGGCACUUUUAGCAUGACAGGUUCUGGCAGCUCCAAUAGCACUACAAUCUUGCAUGAGUUUGUCAUGCAAAACCUGCAUUCUUGCCGACCCCGACGCUAGUAAGUAUUGCUGUUCAAGCUAUACAAACGAUGGAGGGGGGAGUUGUGUACUGUCAUAGAACCCGGAUGAAGCCUACAAGGCGGUGUCGAAGAACAUUACGAGCAAGGCGGUGUGGGAGUCGCUCGCAAAGAUGUGUGUGAAGACGCGGCUAUCCUGAGUGGAAACGUCCCCACCCCAUAGUCAAGAUGGGGAAUUGGCAAGACAAAUCUACAAGCUUUGGCUGUUCUGCAUGACAAGUUUGGACUCGUAGUGUAGUGCUGUCUGAGCUAGCUCAGCAGCAUCACAGAUCUCGUAUAUUAUGCUGAUUGGAGCAUGACAAAUUCCAAAACACGACUAGAGAAUGCUUGCUUCUCAUGGGGCUCCGCAUGACAAACAUUUUGAGCAUGCCGAUCUGCAUUACAGCUAUGGGCUGGGGACGUUUUUACAUAGGAUAGCGGCGGUUGGAUGUGGUGCAGAAGUGCGUCGGGCAACUGGGAAAAGUGCGGGCCGCCACGGCGAUUCGGCCGCCGCACGACAGCAAAAUCCGGUCGCUGACCGCUCGACACGAAGCAGACCCGAAUGUGAAACUCGCUGCGGUCGCGGCGCAUCUCGGGAUGGCCGCGGAUGCGGAGGAGUUGUACAUGAAGGCGAAUUAUGCAUUGCAAAUAUGGUUGGGUCUGGAAGAUUGCGAGAUUUCUCAUGCUAGUUUGGCAUGACUCUGAACUCUGUAUUGCGUGGCCACGAAGACCUCCUCUUGUCUGUCAUGCAAAAACGACGUUUCUCAUGCAGAAUACGGAACACAGAGCCACGAGAAAAUCUGUCAUGCUUGGCGAUGCAUUACAGUGCGCUUUCUGUUCACUGACAUGCAUCACAAGUUUCCAGACCCAGACAUAUUUGCACUUGAUACGAAUCGCUAUGAUUUGCUGAACAAACUCUACCAAGCUCUCAACGAAUGGGACAAGGCGCUGGAACUAGCGGAGACGAAGGACAGAAUACACUUGAAAACCACGUACUACAACUACGCAGUCUACCUCCAGGCCUUCGACAAGUUUGAGGCGCGGAAGUAUUUCCAAAAGGCGGGCACGGAGCUCCCGGACUGCACUCGGCUUUUGCUCACCGAGCCGAACGCGGACCAGCUGUUAGUCGAUUACGUGAACAAAAAUUCCAGUAACGAGAAGCUGCAGCGCUGGUACGCACAGUAUUUGGAGUCAAAACAGGAUUUGGCCGGCGCGGUGAAGUGCUACACCACGUCGCAGGACUGGCACAGUUUGGUCCGUUUGCAUUGCUUAUCAAAUGCAAAUAGGUCUGGGUCUGGAAGAAUACAAACUUGUGAUGCGCAUUGCAGAACACAGAAAAAUCUCUCAUGCAUAGGUAGCAAAAGCUGCCCACUUUCUGUCACCAAAAUGAGGGAUUUGUCAUGCGGAUUCGGCAUUGCGGAAGCUUCUCGAAACUUGUGAUGCUAGAGCUUCCAUGCCAGACCUUCUGUGUCAUGCAAAAACAGCAUGACUCUUCCAGACCCAGACGCUUUUGCAUUUGAUAUUGCUUUGAAAAUCAGAUAGAAAAGGCGACGCAGAUCUGCGAGGAGACGCGGGACAAAGCGGCGUGUUACCACCUAGCGGGGGUUUUGGAGCAGCGCGCAAACGCCGGCGGUGGCGACGUCGUCAUGAUGGCGGGCGGUGGGAGCAGCGAGAAUGAUUCUGCGCGGUUGAUAAAAGAAGCGGUCCGAUUUUACUCUAUGGCAGGCUGUGUGAAGCACUCCAUACGACUAGCCGACCACCUGCGGGCCGGCGGGGAGGGGGAUCUGAUGACGCUGGCGCUAGCCUCCGGCAAGCCCGAGGACCUCAGCUACGCGGCGAAAUACUACGAGAAACAAGGGAACAGUCAAUCGGCCUCCAAAGCGGUGCUGUUGUACCAAAAAGCGGGGCAAACAGGAAGGGCGAUGGAACUCUGCUUCUCGGCGAAAUUGUUUGAGCCUUUGAGAAAAAUAGUGGAGGACAUCGUGCAGAAAGCAGAGCAAGCCGCCGCAGCAGGGAGUGCGAAGGAGGAAGGUGCUUAUGUUGUUUUCUUGGUGAUUAUUCAGCAUCAGUGUAUAUUUCGUAAUUUUCGCUAUUUUCUCCAACCACUGUGUUUGUGGCCACUUACUUUGCGAACUGAACUUUUUUCUAUUCGAGUUCUUUCCCAUUUCCUUCUAAGGUACCGACACCCCUGCUGCGGAUCCGGAGCUGCUUGCCCGGUGCGCGGAAUUUUUCACGCAUCACGAGCAGCACGACAAGGCCGUGCAGUUGCUCUGCAUGUCGCACCAAGUGUCGGAGGCGAUCGACUUGUGCUACCAGCACAACGUGUUCAUUUCCGAGGAAAUGGCGGAAAAACUGACCCCGGAGAUAUGAGGGUACACAACUCCCCCUCCCCCUCAUUUGUCAUGCAAAAUACCUAAUUUACGCCUGACCCCUUGGCACUACUAGCAUGAUAAGUUCUGGAAGCCCAAAUAGCACUACAUUCCUGUCCAAAUUUGUCAUGCAAAACCCGUAUUCUUGCUGACGGUUGUAUUGCUGUUCAUGCAAUGCAAGCGAGGGGGAGGGGGAGUUGUGCACUCUCAUAGGAGAAGCAGGGGGACGACAAGGAGGAGUGGCGGAAAACGCAGUUGUAUCAAAUGCAAAUAUGUCUGGGUCUGGAAAUCUGUAAUGCUGAAUGGCCAUGAGUGAGCGCGCCUUUGAGUGCAGUAAUGCAUGACAAAUUUUGCAAUUGCAAACGCUUUCUCAUGCUCAGUGCGCAUUAAUGACAAAAUUGUGGCGCUUUGGCUUUUGUUGCUUUUAUGCAAUACAGAUUUUUCAGGAGUCCGGGGCACGCAAUACAAGUUCAACCUUUCCAGACCCAGACAUAUUUGCAUUUGAUGAGUUGCGAAAAAUUGCGAAACUCUGCAAGGACCAAGGCUCGUUCCAGGUUGCGUGCAAGAAGUACACGCAGGCCGGAGAAAAGGUGAAGGCCAUGAAGGCCUUGCUCAAGAUAUUACAGUGAAAAGUGCCCCCCACCCCCAAAGUUGCAAAAAUUUGCGAUGCGAAGCUUCCAAAUGAAAACUUUUUGUCAUGCAUGAAAGGAGUAUGAAUCUUUCUGAUGCAGAGCCUAGUCGUGUUUCGCAUCGCUUGCAUGACAAGCACCGCUCUUGCUGGGAUCUUUUGCAAUGCAAAUUUUUGCUAUUCACGAUCGGAAGUCUGUGAUGCUGAUACAUGCAAGAGGGCGAAUGUUUCAUUUGGAAAGGUUUGCAAUACAAAUGCUUUCAAGUUCGGGGUUGGGGGCAUUUUUCAUUGUAAUACAAGAGCGGCGAUACCGAAAGGAUCACCUUCUUUGCCGGCACAGCGAGAACGCCCGAGAUCUACGUACAUAGGAUCUUGAAACUAAAGCAUUCUUCACUCGCUUAAGUUGUUAUUCAUGACCUGCAAAUCGAUGAAGAAGUGUGCUCGACGUGGUCCCGUAGAGAUAUUGGAGUUGAUGCAUAUCAUGCAAUUACUUUUUACAGCAACUUGAACUUCACAAAUAGAAAUACAAAAACGAAAAACUCCCCACACCAGAUUCUUGCCGCGAACUACAUGCAGUCGCUGGACUGGCACAGCCGACCAGAGAUGACCAAGCAGAUCUUGUCCUUCUACAGCAAGGCGAAGGACUACCAAAAAAUGUCCGGGUUCUACGCUACCAUUGCCAUGGUGGAAAUCGACGAGUACCGUGACUACGAGAAGGCGGCGUCUUGCUUGAAGGACAGCUUGAAGGUGCUGCAGAAGGCCAACCUGGAACUCUCCGAGCAGUACACGGUACUGGAGAAAAAGUUGAAGUUCGUGGAGCAGUUCGCCGCCUUGAAAACGUUGAAAGCCGACCAAGUCGUGCAGGCGUGCGAUAUCAAAUGCAAAUAUGUCUGGAUCUGGAAAUUUGUGAUGCUAAAAUGUGGAUGAUGGAAACAGUUCCGAAUGCAACCCAGCAUGACAACUUUCCAGAACGCUUUCUCAUAUGCAAUCCGCAUGCGAAGCUGAGUCUUUGCAUGUACAAAAGAGGCUGCAACUUUUGUUGGUUAUGCAAUACAGAUUUUCUUGGGAUGGAAAGCUAGCAUUACAAGUUUCAACCUUCCAGACCCAGACAUAUUUGCAAUUGAUAUGCGAGACGUUUCUGCAAGUGCCGGAGGUCGAAAACUACCUGCGCGUCGGCGACGUCUAUCCUGAGUAAAAACGUACCCACACCAGAGUUGUAAUGCAGAUUUGCAAAGACAGGGAGACUUGUAAUGCGCAUCCCCAUGAGAGCCAUUUCCAAUCGUGUUUUGGAAUUUGUGAUGCUGUGAACAGGAUGAGCAGAUGAAUCUGUGACGCGGCUGCACUUGCUAACCUGCACAACACUGCAGAGUGCAACUUGUCAUGAGGAGGAUAGUUUGGAGUGCCAGGUCCGUUGGGCCCGGGGUGGCGGCGUCUUUGGGUUGAUCAACUCACCCGAAACACAAUGCCAUUCCCGCAGCAGCACAGUCUGUUUAUGUCAUGCGUGACUCACAAAACUCCUAGGUUUGUGUUGCAAAAUCCCCAUCUUGACUCUGGUGUGCGGAUGUUUUUACUCAGGAUAACGUCUACGCGGCGCUCAUCGAAGCCUACGUCGCCCAGGGGCUGUACCAAGACGCCUUUGGAAAAGUGGAGGAGAUGCGGAGGGCGAAAAUCGCACUGGGGCCCUACGUCGACGCAGAGGUACUGCAAAAAAUCCAGGCGGAAAUGGGAACGCUGGUUGAGGAGCCAGUAUAUGAGAACUAUGUACUUCAAUGUUGAAUUAAUAAAGUUGUUUUGUACAUUUUUUAUCCUGGACUAGUUUUUUAGCAGGCAUGAUGCGCAUGAAGAUCCACUCGUCCCUCUUCUUAUGAUGUGAUACUAAUGAUCAAAUUCGGCAUGGGAAAGAUUUUUCGAAAAUCACAGGCGUCCACGUGGAAGCCGGAUGGGGAUGAGGUCGAUGAAGAAAUCGACGAGGACAUCGAUGACGAGUAAAACGUACCAUGCUAGUGGGGGGUAUGCUGGUCGAGGUUGUCAUGCUGGGUGGUAUGGAAGAUUGUGUUGCAUUCAUCUGCUGAGUCCAAAUUUGAAUAAAGAAUGACUUUCAAAGCGUUUAGAAGAACCCUAGUUGGUCUUUGUUGUUUGGUUGUUUUUACUGGAAGAUGUCGCUGUCUUCCUGUGCUGGAUGUGCUCGACAAUUGCUUUUGUCGAUGCACAUAGCAAGGUUGGCAGCGAACACGCAGCGCUGCUGUGGUGCGAAGCUAUAGUCUUAGUACAGUUUUUUAGAACAUCAAGUUUAUUGCGAACUUUACCUUUCAGGUAGCAAGUCUGACCUAAGGAGGCAGAUCUGCUAUGAGGAACAAAAAGAACAUAAUGAGAACGAUUCAAGACUCUUAUCAGGGAAACUGAUAAGAAAAAGCAGGACGACAAGUCGAGUAAUAGAGACUGAGUGCUUUGCGUGACUUCGACAGCCGUGGUAUCCUCGCAGCUGUUGUUUAACAAGAGUAUUAGUUGUGUAACCAUGAU